GAUAAAAAGAUGGAUAGCAUAGCCAAAAGAUGGGAAGUUCUCAGCGGCAAUAACAACUGGGAUAGCCUAUUGGAUCCUCUCGAUUACGAUCUUCGUCAAUACAUCAUUCACUAUGGAGAAAUGGCUCAAGCAACUUAUGAUUCUUUCAAUACAGAGAAGGCAUCAAGGUAUGCAGGAAGUUGCCUCUAUGCAAAGAAAGAUCUUUUCGCUAAGGUUGGCCUUGAGAAUGGCAAUCCCUUUAAGUAUCGUGUGACAAAAUACUUGUACGGGACAUCAUCGAUCCAACUUCCUGAGGGUUUUAUCUUAAAAUCGUUCUCAAGAGAGGCAUGGAGCAAGGAAUCAAAUUGGAUGGGUUAUGUUGCUGUGGCGACAGAUGAAGGAAAAGUUGCACUAGGAAGAAGGGAUAUUGUGAUUGCUUGGAGAGGAACAGUUAGGAGUUUGGAAUGGGUUAAUGAUCUUGAAUUUGUUUUAGUCUCAGCACCUAAGAUUUUCGGUGAAAAUGAUGAUCCUAAGGUGCAUCAAGGUUGGUACUCCAUCUACACAACAGAUGAUUCAAGAUCACCUUUCAACAAGACCAGUGCUAGAGACCAGGUUCUGGACGAGGUCAGGAGGCUGGUGGAGGAAUUCAAAGAUGAGGAAAUUAGUAUAACUGUAACAGGUCACAGCUUGGGUGCCGCGGUGGCAACCCUAAACGCGGUGGACAUAGUUGCUAAUGGAUUCAACAAAUCUCUAGAGAAUCCAGGCAAGGCUUGUCCUGUCACAGCCUUUGUGUACGCGAGCCCUCGAGUUGGGGGUCAGGGCUUCAAAAAGGUGUUCUCUCAGCAACAAAACCUUCGAGUCCUACGUAUUCAUAAUUCCCUAGAUGUUGUUCCAAAUUAUCCAUUGCUAGGAUAUGCCGAUGUCGGCGAAGAGUUGCGAAUUGAUACAACUAAAUCAAAGUACCUGAAAAAUCCUGGAAAUUUGUCAUCUUGGCAUAGCCUGGAAUGCUACAUGCAUGGAGUCGCGGGAAAACAAGGGCUUCAAGGAGGAUUCNGCCUUGAAGUAUCUUCGGACAUUGUUUUGGUGAAAAGCUGGACAGAGAUUGAGGGGAAAUACAUUGAUCACUUAUCAUCCUGUUGUGGGAAGAUGAUUGUAGCUGUAGCAUUGUUUUCAAAGAGUAAUGAGUUUCUGCUCAUAAUUGGUAUAUGCGUCUAUUGCAGGCAAUUGGUGUCAAAAAUGGCAAAAAGAAGUAAAUUUCCAGAAGACCAGUCCUUUCAGGGCGUGCCCACGCCAGAGACCGUAGGGUUGCGUGAAAAAGACGGACCGCGUGGACCAUCCUUGGGUGCUGCCGCAAUUCUUGGGAAACAUGCUUGA